UGUUGAAUUGAACUGGAGUGCCCGAACCAUAACAUAACAGCACAAGUUGCACGUUGAAUUCCAGUCUACAUUUGCCAAACAAAUGUUCGGAAAGCGCAAAUCUAAAAUGUCUCUGUUGUAGCUCCCUCCCAGCGUGUUGCUUGGUGCUCGAGACUAGAGAACGGUGUACGCAUCGUACUUGUUGGAUUCAGCCAAUUCUUGAAAGAAUAUAUUCAUGCUGAAUUCAGCGAGCUAGCUAAAAAAGGUGAUCACCGGCACACUAUGGCACACAUAACAAUCAACCAGUAUCUUCAACAGAUUUACGAGGCCAUUGAUAAUCAUGAGGGAUCCUUCUGUGCAGAGUUGUUGUCAUUCAAACACCCUCAUGUUGCAAAUCCUCGUCUUCAGCUGUCCAGUCCAGAGGAGAAGUGUCAGCAGGUGCUGGAGCCUCCCCAUGACGAGAUGGUGGCAGCUCACCUGAGGUGCACUUUUGCAGUCGCUAACCAUGACUUUGUUGAGGCCUACAAGCUUCAGACUCUGGUGGUGCAGUCAUUCUUGAAAGCAUUCCAGUCUCACAAAGAAGAGAACUGGGCCCUUCCAGUAAUGUUUGUCGUUGCCCUGGAUCUGCGGAUAUUUGCCAACAAUGCAGAGCAGCAGCUGCUGAAGAAGGGGAAAGGCAAGGUGGGAGACAUGCUGGAGAAAGCUGCAGAGCUGCUCAUGAGCUGCUUCAGAGUUUGUGCCAGCGACAAUCGGGCCAGCAUAGAUGACUCCAAGAAGUGGGGGAUGUUGUUUCUCAUCAAUCAGCUGUUCAAGAUCUACUUCAAGAUCAACAAGCUGCACCUAUGCAAGCCUCUAAUCCGAGCUAUAGACAGCUCCAACCUCAAGGAUGAAUACACCAUGGCUCAGAGGGUCACCUACAAAUACUACGUGGGUCGCAAGGCCAUGUUCGACAGCGACUACAAUCCAGCCGAGGAGUACCUGUCCUUCUCCUUCCAGCACUGCCACCGCUCCAGCCAGAAGAACAAACGCAUGAUCCUCAUCUACCUGCUGCCCGUCAAGAUGCUGCUGGGUCACAUGCCAACCCACCAGCUGCUCAGGAAGUAUGACCUCAUGCAGUUCUCUGAUGUCACCAAGGCUGUGAGUGAAGGCAAUCUCCUUCUGCUGAACGAGGCCCUGGCCAAGCACGAAACCUUCUUCAUCCGCUGCGGCAUCUUCCUCAUCCUGGAGAAGCUGAAGAUCAUCACUUAUCGGAACCUCUUCAAGAAAGUGUACCACCUCCUGAAGACUCACCAGCUGCCCCUGGAUGCAUUUCUGGUGGCCCUGAAGAUGAUGCAGGUGGAAGAGGUGGACAUAGAUGAGGUGCAGUGCAUGCUGGCCAACCUCAUCUGCCUGGGUCACAUCAAAGGUUACAUCUCACACCAGCACCAGAAGCUGGUGGUCAGCAAGCAGAACCCCUUCCCUUCCAUAUCCUCCGUCUCCUAGUGCUCCAGGGUUCUACUACUCAAUAAUGUGUUAUGGUAUUUUCUACUGUGAAUGUUGAAUAAAGUGUGAUGUUGUUUGUA